AUGGUAUCAUUAAUUAAAGGAGCUAAGAUUCCGCUGACAAAGGAGAGACCAACGUCCAAAAAACCUCCAAACACAGCAUUUAGGCAGCAAAGACUUAAGGCAUGGCAACCGAUACUGACUCCUCAGAGUGUGCUCCCACUAUUGAUCCUUGUUGCUUGUAUCUUUACUCCUAUUGGUAUUGGGUUAAUUGUGAGCGCUACUAAGGUACAAGAUUUGACAAUUAACUAUAGUCACUGUGAUACAAAAGCUUCUAUAAAUGCGUUUACUGAUGUACCAAAGAAAUACACUAAAUACCAUUUCAAAAAUAAAGUUGAAAGUAAACCGCAAUGGAAAUUAGCUGAAGACGAGAGCGGCGAAAAGACAUGCGAGCUUCAAUUUGAGGUUCCGAACGAUAUUAAGAAGCCUAUUUUCAUAUAUUACAAGUUAACCAAUUUUUAUCAAAACCAUCGUAGGUAUGUUCAAUCAUUUGAUACUAAACAGAUAUUAGGGGAGUCUAUUAAGCUAGAUGAUUUGGACACGAAUUGUAGUCCCUUAAGGAGUAUUGACAAAAAGAUAGUAUAUCCAUGCGGGUUGAUUGCAAACUCCAUGUUCAAUGACACAUUCUCUCAAAAACUAAGUGGAGUGAACAAUACCGGAGAUUUUGGUUUGACCAAUAAGGAUAUAUCAUGGAGCAUAGAUCGCCACCGGUUCAAGACUACCAAAUACAAUGCUAGCGAUAUUGUUCCACCACCAAACUGGAUGAAGAAGUAUCCCGACGGGUAUACUGAUGACAAUAUUCCGGAUAUCCACACUUGGGAAGAAUUUCAAGUAUGGAUGAGGACUGCAGCUUUCCCAAAAUUCUACAAGUUGGCAUUGAAGAACGAAUCUACUACCUUGCCGAAUGGUACAUACCAAAUGAACAUCGAACUGAAUUAUCCUAUUUCAUUGUUUGGCGGAAGUAAGUCGUUUGUUUUGACUACAAACGGUGCUAUUGGUGGCAGAAACAUGUCACUCGGAGUGCUGUAUUUGAUUGUUGCAGGUCUUUGCGCUAUAUUUGGUAUCGUAUUUUUGGUUAAAUUAAUUUUCCAACCGAGAACGAUGGGUGAUCAUGCAUAUUUAAAUUUCGAUGAAGAAGAAAAUGAAAAUUACGAAAAUACUCACGAAGAAAACUCCACUUUAAGAGAAAUUAUAUAG